AUGAGUUAUCCUGUGAGAGAAGGAAAGGGUUGGAAUCAUUAUGUUGAGGAAGAGGAAAGGAUUACAUUUAUAGGUUUUGCUGAAGAGAUGGGUACUGCUCAUUUGCAGGAGUUGGCAGCUGUUUCUGCAGAGCUCCCAGAUGUUCUGAAAUCGCUCCAGCUGUGCAAACUAAAAGAAAAUGAGGUUAUGUUUCUAAAAGAUGUAAAGAAAACCUUGGCAAAACCUUAUGUCAUGAAACAUCAGAAUCAACUUCCUGAAGUGUUUUGUGUGAUGAGACUGUCUCCUUCAUUCCCAAGGAUCAAAGUUGAUUAUAUAUUUACCUUGCUGAGCAAGUAUACCACAGGCAUAAGAUAUGCAGUGGAAAUAAACUCAUCGCAAAAACAUCAAACAGAGACAUCCCAUGGAGAAGAUGAUGACACUAAUCAGUCAGUUUCUUCAAUUGAAGAUGAUUUUGUCACUGCUUUCGAACACUUAGAUGAAGAUGAGCCUUCAAAGAUACAAAGUGCUGGUGCGUGCAGCUUGACUUCUCGAAACCAUCGAGAUGCUGCUUCACAGACCAUCCCUGCUCAAUGUUUAGAAGCUGUUGACUCAAAGAUCCUUGUGGGUUCUGCACGUCGAAAGUCGUCUGCCAGAUCUUCUACUUUGAUUGAUAUUUUGGGACUUAAGGAACUGUCCUCAGUAAAAAAUUCAGUUACAACCUCAAUUUCUGAUCCUUGGAUACAAAGGAGUUUCUAUAAGCCAUAUAAUCCUUCUGAUCAAGGUGUUAAUUUUUUAUGUAAAACAUUGUUUUCCUCCUCUCCAGCUGAGUCCUCUGAGUCAGAUUGCUCCAGCCCAAGCCCCAUCAUCUUCUUAGAUGAAGAAGGGUAUCAAAAAAGUUUGAAGGCAAAACUUCAGCUGCCAAAAAUUCCAGUAGUGAAAGAUGGUAUAGAGGAUUCGGACUCAGAAGUAAGUGAAUUUUUUGAUAGUUUUGAUCAGUUUGAUGAGCUGGAACAAGCCUUGGAAAACUCUUGUAAAGUUAUUAGGGAUCCCAUCCUAGGGAAUCCCUCCCAGAAAAGGAGGACUGCACAUGAACAAUUGUCUUUUGCAAGCAUUACAAUGAAUCCUCAGAAAUUCAAGUUUGAUCGUCCCACUCUCCCAGCCAAUGUAAAGAAACCAACUCCUCGUAAACCAGAAUCACCAUAUAGCAGUGUCUUUGAUGUCCCGGAUUCCCCUCGCCCAGUUAAAACAUCGGGGGAAGAGAAUGGAGGCUUGUUCAGCCCUAUUAGAUCAUCGGCUUUCAGCCCACUAGGGAGCUGUGGUUCUUCUGAAUGUUUAUGUCGAAUUAAUCUUGGUGGAGAUGGGACAGGUCAAAAUCACCAUGAUGCAGUUUAUAAUAGUUAUUCAGCAUACGCUGAUAGUGUUUCAUUUGAAAUACUGGGUUCUGUUUUUCAUUCCGAGUCCUCAUCGGAACAGGUAUGUGCAAGAAAUGAUUUGAAACACAAAGGGAUUGCAUUGAAAGAGAAAAAAGGUCAAGCUGCAGAUCUCAAAAUGAAGACUGGUAAGGAAUCAGAUAAACAAGCAAAAUCUAAACAUAAAUCAUUAAUGAUUAGAGAUAGCAUUCAAAAAUUUGCAACUGAAUUAGUUGAAAAAAGUUUUGGCAGUGCAUUUAAAGACCUGCAAAAAGGCGUUUCUUCAUGCACCAAUGCACUUUGUCAUUUGGCUGCUAGGUUAACUUCUUCAGUCUUUCAGAUGGCUUUUUAUGAGAUUGGAAGACGUAGAGCAAUCUCCCUGAAGGAGCGUGCCAUUAAUGGGAUAGCCAGCUUUUUGGUGAGUGAAGCUAUAACUGGUGCUUUGAAAGAACUGCGGCACGUAAAGAAACAAAUAUUUACCAACACCGUUGCACGGUUUGCGGCAGACCUUGCUGAAGAACUUGUGUUUGAAGGAAUCAUGGAAGUAUGCCAGUUUUCAUAUCCAUCGACACCUACAGCUGCACAGCCUUCAUCAUUUGAUUAUGAAGACAAAGUGGUAAGAUCCUAUGCCAGAGAUUUGUCUGAAUCUGUCAUUCAGGAGGCUUUUAUUGAACUAUCUCAGGUUGAUGUGACCUUCACAACACAAGCAGCCAUUAGUGUUUCCAUGGACAACAUUAAAUAUGUGAGCGCAGAAAGUACGUUAGAGUCAACACGGACUUCCACGGUUUUUCCUAAUUUUAAUGAUAGGGUAGCACUGAAGCCAAUCCAAGAUUCCAAGAAGGAAUACACAGUACAGCAAGCUCUAUUUUGCACCUCUGGUGUUGUAAGUUCAAUACCUGUGCCCUUAGCUGGAAGAGCUCUUUGUCAACAUCAGGUUUCCUCUGAUGCUUAUAAAGCAAGAGUAUCCACUGCUCCGAAUUCUGAUGACAAUAUGAAAAUAUACAAAGAUGCCACUCAUCCAUUUUUCACAAGCAGAAAGAGAGAGGAGGAAGUUGCUUCUUUCAGAAAUAUAUACCUGACUUCCGAUCACAGUCAAAGUGCUGAAAAUACUUCAUCACUCUUAUAUAACCAAAAUGAUAUCAAACAAACAAAUAACAGAUCUGGAAUGAACAAUAAUUCAGAAUUAACAGGAGCGUCAAAAGGCAUUAAUACUUUCUCUGGAACUAUGGUAGAUAUGAUAGUAAAUGAAGCUUAUGAAGCCAUAACCUCAUCUAGAGUAACUAAAGCAGUGGAAGAGUAUACAGAUUUUUUAACAAGAAAAAUAAUAGAUAAAAAACCUUAUGUGCAAUGUGUUGAUGAAGAUUUCCCCAAGAAUGUGUUUGCAGAUCACUUGGCCAAGUAUGUCAUAACACAAUCUGUGGAUGAAAGUAAAAACGUGUUAUGCAACACUAGUGAGAAUUUACCAUGUAAUGUGAGCUCACACGCUUAUGCAGGUAUCGGUAGAAAAGAACAAUGUGUGAUAAAGAAGCAAGAGGCUGAGAAACAAAGUAAUGUUUCUAUAAUUGUGGAACAACAGCAGAUGCCUUUGAAUAAUCCAUGUAAAUUUCUUCUUACUCCAACUCAUUCUGUUCAGUGUUUUUCAGAAUCUAAAGAUUGUUGGCAGGAACAAAAAGGACACAGGUUUUCUUCAAAAUCACCACCGCCUUGUUCCACUGUGACUUUUGCCAGGCAUGUUCUAGAGGACUUUACUGACUCGGGAAGCUGCUCAAUAACAUACUUAAACAAGCCCUCAAAAAACCAUGAUACUCUGAAACCAUCAUCAGGACCUUUGACUUACAGGCAGGCUGAUUGUUUUCUGCAUACAAAUAGCUUUUCUUCAGUGGUGUUCGGCAGUGAAGAUGCUUUGCAGAUGGAAGAUAAAUCAAGUCUCAAAGAUGGAAAUACCUGUGUAAUGCCUGAUACACCCCCACCAACUCCUUUAGUACCAUGUCAAGGUAGUUCUGAAAGAAACCUAAGAAAACUGUCUAAGAAACUCAAGGGAGAAUUAGCAAAAGAAUUUGCACCUGCAACACCACCUUCUACACCAUACAAUCCAUCUGUUACUGGUUUAUCUGAAACUGAACAUGACUCUUUGGAAAAUGAGGAAUUUAUGCUGAAACUUAUGCGGUCGCUUUCUGAAGAAGUGGAAAGUAGUGAAGAUGAAGAUCAUUCUGAAAUGCCUGUUGAGAAAGAGCAGCAUUCAGAAAAAACAAUUCAGUAUGCAGAUUGCUUAGCUAGCCAUAUAAUUUCAGUAGCGACUGAAAUGGCUGCUUCCCAUUUAGAUGGUAAAACAAAUGAAAGAGACGCUGAUAGGCAGGUUCAGUUAGGUAUGCAAAACAAAAGAUGUGGAUAUGCUGCAUUUAUAAAUAUCCCAGAAGAGACGUGCAGUUCUUUAUGGAAUUAUGCAGGUGAUAUGGCAGGGAAAGUCAUCAAUGAGGCCAAGAAAAUAGUGAAAUCAAGGCAUUGUAAACUGUUGAAGUUGAAGCGCGUUAACUGUCAGGUGGAUUGCCUUUAUCUGAGAAGAGGCGAUAAAGAUUAUAGUUCAAAAGAACAGUGUGGUCCAGUGCGGGACCAGUGGCUGGGGGAGAAGGAUUCAUCUGUACUUCCUUUACCACAAGGUUCAGGCAUGACAGGUUUGACUUCCAAAUACCCAAGCUGUGAGAGUGUGACUGAUGAAUAUGCAGAUCAUAUUAUUCGAGUUUUGAAGAGAGAAGGUGGUGAUGCUGAACUGUUGAUGGAUCAGUAUGCUAGCAGACUUGCUUACAGGUCUGUCAAAUCAGGCUUACAGCAAGCUGCUAGAAAAACUAAAUUGAGAUACAACAGAAAGACGUUUCCUGGGCAAAAUGCACAGGUAAAUGGUAAGCUGGAGCUGAUCAAAGCAGUCAAUAAAGAUGCAGUACAGCAGGUGAAAAGCAGCAUUCAUUGCUGUGAAGACCAACCAUAUGAAAGGAGUAUUGGCACACAGAGAACAGAAUGCACAGAGUUGUUACAUUUUUCAGAAUCCCUUGCUCGCAGUAUCACUUGUGAUGUCAGGAAGAAAUUGAAAAUGUCGGGAGCAUGUUUGCCAAAGUCUCUAACAGAUUCCUGUCUGUAUAAAAAGACUGAAUUUGAUGAAGUCACAGGGGAUCUUAUUAAAACAAGAUUUUCUAGGACAUUUCUUCCUUUCUCCCCGGAUCAUAAACUGUAUCAUAGUACAGGCAGUUUAAAUGAAAAUGGCUACAGUGAAGGCAUAAUUCAAGCUAUAGAACAAUACGCUAGGAAAGUAGCAGAUGAUACUCUAGAAAUGAGUUUAGAGUCGGCUGUUCUCCAUGUGGCUGAAAACAGAAAAAAUGGGGAUAGGCUCUCAUAUACUGAGAAACUGUCUCCUUUUUCUGGAACUGUCUGUAGAUGCUGCAGUAUGAAGGAACAUCGGUACUGUACAGAAAGUACAUCUCAUGAUCUACCCGCGCAAGAAGCCUCCAUUCCAGUGAGGCAUUUUCUUCAUUCUGGAUUAGGUGGUGCCUGUCAAAAAUCAAGAGUGUUUCAGCUUGAUAUUCCUAAAAUUCACGUUGAUGUAGAACAGAAGAUGGUGUUUUCUGACAAGGGGGCUACUGCGGCCGUAGAGAAAGCAGGAGAACUGAGUUACACAAGUAUGACAGCUGACAGUGGUAUUGGACAAGAUGGAGUCAGUUUUGCUGAAAGCCUUACUACUGAAAUAAUGACAUCAGCUAUGACUAAUAUUGGUCAGGCAGUUAACAUAAGCUCUGUUGGAAGAGAAGGAUUUCAUUCUGUUGAAUCUGUUGUUAGCCAGCAGAUGAGUCUUAGUAUUGGUGAUGAUAGCACUGGGAGUUGGUCCAAUCUAAGUUUUGAAGAUGAACAUCCUGAUGAGAGCAGCAGUUUUCUUCACCUCAGUGACAGUAAUGGUAACAGCAGUAGCUGGAGCAGUCUUGGUUUAGAAGGUGAUAUGUAUGAGGAGAAUUUAUCCUUUCCAACAUCAGACAGUGAUGGAACAGAAGAUAAAGAUGAGGACUGCAAGGAUGCUGUAGAAGGUUUGGAGCAAGCACGAAAGACUUUAGCAAUAGUGAAUGUUGAUCUGGAACCAAAUCUAGUGGACCCCCAGCUCAGAGCAGCACUCCAGUGGCUGGCAGCUUCUGAAACAGAGGUGUCUGAUCUUCACUUUCAUGACACUGCUAUAAGGGAAUUUGUCUUUCUUUCCAGAAGACUGCGAGAAAGAGAUUGGAAAGUUGGAGAUCUCUUGCAAGCAGUGCUGAAAUAUUGUGAAAUGAUAGAGAAGGCAUGUGAUGGAGACCAAGCUCUAAAUAAGUCUUUGGUUGGCUGGCUUCUGGAAAAUGUCUGA